AGCCCCACGGCACCUGUUCUGUUAGAUAGAAGACACCAUCUGAGACAGGGAAGCUGGAAGGAUCAGUGUCACCAUGAUGGAGGACUGAGCUUUGGGGUUUCAAGUUUCAGGGAGGAGGCAAAGGCAACAAAAGAGAGGAGCUGAGAGAAAGUGGAUGCUGAAGGACAAAAGGCAGCCAUGCCUGAUAAUGUUGGGAGGGCAGUAACAGAAGCCUGGCCAAUAUGACGGCCAUAGGGCUGAGGGACUUGAGGUUAGAGUUGGGGUCAGGACAGGCAAGGCUUGGGGCUCAGGCUGGAAGAGGCAGAAGCUGCUGAACAACGGUCAGAGGGAGGGAUCUGUUCCUCUGUUAAGACGGAGUACUAGGGAGCAUGAUGGAGAGCCAAGCAAGGAAACCUCCCCUUUGCCAAGCUGCUUAGGACCAGAAGGAGAAGAUGCACAAAGGUGACAGCCAGGCUCUGAGGAAAGGUGAAAGCGAAAGCAGGAAGAGUCAGACGCCAAGGGGGGCGUGGGGAAGACGCUGACAGAGGACCAAGGCUUUGGUCUUUCUCACUCUGCGUUGGUCCCACAUCGACCCCCAACCCCUGGACCAGCCUGCCCACCUCAAGAUGCUGAAGCCAGCGCUAGAGCCCCGAGGGGGCUUCUCUUUCGAGAACUGCCAGAGAAACUUAUCCUUAGAACGCGUCCUCCCGGGGUUCCGGAGCCCUCAAGCACACAAGACUGGUACCACCAUCGCGGGCCUUCUGUUCCGAGACGGAGUCAUCCUGGGCGCGGAUACGCGGGCCACCAGAGAUUCCGUAGUGAUGGACAAAAGCUGUGAGAAGAUCCACUUCAUCGCCCCCAAAAUCUACUGCUGUGGGGCUGGAGUAGCCGCGGACGCCGAGAUGACCACGCGAAUGGCGGCGUCCAACAUGGAGCUACACGCCCUGUCCACAGGCCGCGAGCCCCGCGUGGCCACGGUCACGCGCGUUCUGCGCCAAACGCUCUUCCGGUUCCGGGGCUACGUGGGCGCGUCGCUGAUAGUGGGCGGAGUAGACCUGACCGGACCGCAACUCUACAGCGUGCACCCCCAUGGCUCCUACAGCCGUCUGCCCUUCACAGCCCUGGGUUCGGGCCAGGACGCGGCCCUGGCGGUACUGGAGGAUCGGUUCCAGCCCAACAUGGUGCUGGAGGCCGCGCAGGAGCUGCUAGUGGAAGCCAUCACUGCAGGGAUCCUAGGUGACCUGGGCUCUGGGGGCAGUGUGGAUGCAUGUGUGAUAAUGGGGACUGGCGCCAAGCUUCUGCGAACACUGAGCUCACCCACAAGGCCCUUAAAAAGGCCUAGCCAGUACCGCUUUGCCCCUGGGACCACAGCUGUCCUGUCCCAGACAGUGAAGCCACUGACCCUGGAGCUGCUGGAAGAAACUGUGCAGGCCAUGGAAGUGGAGUGAAGUAGGAUGGUGCUCAGAGCUUGGAACAAGAGGGAAAAAACCCAGGAAAUUAAAAAAAAAAUAUAUUUAAACAGAUGGCUAUGUUCUUCCUGGGUGGAGGGGGAAAAGCAGCCAUGAGAACUCUGUGGCCAAGUUACAUCUGCAGAAGCCACUCCCUGCCAAGGUUUCAGGGCUUGGCCUAAGAGGUGACCACCCAUCGCCUCAGGCGUCUACUCCUCCAGUC